AUGUCUAGUAACAGGAACUCGCGACACACACCCUCCCCUUCAUCCCCAAUACCCACAAAUACCUCUAAAUUACCCAAGUUUCUCCAGAAGGGAAACAACCGUGAUAGAUCGAAAUCAGUGAAUGAUUCAGCACUUUCCGCUGCUGCAACAGAAAGGUCGAGUUCUUCGGACAGCUCAAGCCAGCUACAAUCUCCAACGGCGUCUGGCUCCAAGGGACCUCGCAAGGGUAGCCGGUUUCUUGGUAGGAAGGAGAAGAAUAAUCUCGAAGACGAUAAGCCCUCAUCCGAAGUCGAAGAUACUCCAAUCAUCAUCGAACCGGGGGAAGGCACUCCUUCUGUCCCAAUCCCUCGUUCUAGGACACGUUUUGAGCGUCCUGUUGGCGGGUCGUCCGAUAAUUCUGGACCACAUCUUUCGCAAACAUAUACCCCUACAACCUCUACAUCACCACGCAUGAGCGACCUUCCAACCCGCCUAUCAGGGUGGUUCUCCCACACAUUCAGUUCUUCUUCUACCGAUUUGUCUCUUCCGAAUCUCCUCAACCCUCACAUUCAUGGUCAAAGCAGUAACAAUGGAUCACCGCGAGCCAAAAGUGGCGCAUCAGCUUUACUGACCGUCGCCAAACACGGAAAAGGCCACCUCGACAAAGCCAUGCGAUAUCUGCUGGACAGCGACGCAACGCCCGACAAAUGUACCGAUCCGAUAUGGCUGUUAGGUGUGCAACAUAAGGGGUAUGAGCCGCCACCGCUGCUAUCAUCACCAUCCCAGGGUAACGAUUUACCCGGAGGUCGAAGGACCUCCGUCGAUGCUAAAGGGAAAACUCACGUAUCUCCUUCUCCUUCCUUCAGAUCCUCCACUGGACCGAAACAUCCUCAAAAACAUUCCAUCUCUCAAUCGCAAAAUAACUUAUCUCAAUCCCAGCCACCCUCCUCUCGCGACUCGCUCGUUCAUUCCACAUCCACAUCCACGUCCCUCUCCUCUUCUUUGUCCUCCUCCAUAUCUACGACUCCUACGCCAUCUGCAGCAUCUGCCUCCAACCCCAAACACCCGGGAGCCAAUUGGCCUAUUGAAUUUUAUUCCGAUUUCACCAGUAAGGUUUGGGUUACUUAUCGUUCCCAGUUCACUCCAAUCAGGGAUACAAGCCUUAGCGAUCUACCUUUACCUUCUUGCGAGCCGCUAGGUGAUGGUACAAUGAGUUACGUCGACACCUAUAAAAGUGAUUCCAACUAUAGUGUCAGGAGUGUUGCGUCCAGCAACAACAAUUUAUCAACGAGUCCAGGUUCUACUGGCAAGAAAUGGAAUUGGGUUCUUCCAGGACUAGGGGGGGAAAAAGAGCGCGGUUGGACCAGCGAUGCUGGAUGGGGUUGUAUGUUGAGGACUGGUCAGAGUUUGUUGGCAAAUGCGCUAGUUUUCAUGUGGUUGGGGAGGGAGUGGCGAAUACCCGAGACGAUCAUUCGCAGUGAAUCGUAUGCCAGAUAUAUCCAGAUCGUGACAUGGUUUUUAGAUACGCCUGAAGCACCCUUUAGCGUGCAUCGGAUGGCCUUGGCUGGCAAAGACCUCGGAAAAGACGUUGGACAGUGGUUCGGACCUAGCACUGCUGCCGGUGCCAUCAAAACCUUGGUGCAUGCUUUUCCCCAGUCCGGGCUGGGUGUUUCUGUCGCUACAGAUGGAACAUUGUUUCAGACUGACGUUUUUACAGCUUCCCAUUCCUCUACCACUGCGCCGGCUAGUUCUCGCGGAUCCACGUUUUCUUCGCCUUCGUUAGGACGGCGCCGUCAUCAUCAUACCACAUCGUCCUGGGGCGAUCGCCCCGUACUUUUGUUACUCGGUAUCAGACUGGGUAUAGACGGUGUCAAUCCAAUCUAUUAUGAAACCAUCAAAAUGUUAUAUACAUUUCCUCAGUCUGUUGGUAUUGCUGGUGGACGUCCCAGUUCGUCCUAUUACUUCCUGGGAUCGCAAUCAGACAACCUGUUCUACCUCGAUCCCCAUCAUGCCCGGCCAAGCGUACCUUUGCGACCCCCGCCUCCUAUUGAUAUUCUCAGUUUUGGGGACGCACCCAACAAAACCCUGGAAUCAGAUCUUGCUAGAGAUAAAGAUCGCUCGAAGAUGCAAAAGACGAAUAGAACCAGCCGAAUAUCUCAACGGGGAGGGGCACUGAAACGGGUUGUGACACCUACCUCUCCAUCGUCUGUGAAAACCACUGGGUCGUCCACCUUUUCUUAUCACGCUCCGACGUCGCCUAGUCCGUUACAAAAGGAGUACUCUUCAACGUCGCAUUCAGAGUCUAGUUCAAGCAGGGAUAGUGGUAUCAGAGCACAAGGUCUACCUAGUGCGGACGAAACAUCUCGCUCUCAUCCCCCAUCAAGAACGGAGUCUCUAGUCCUGAUUACUCCAAGUGCCAGUACAGAAAUGGGUAACAUUUCCGAGAUGGAGUAUAGUGAGAUUGCCGGGAGUGGGUUGACCCCUUUUCAAGAACAUCUCAUUUCUACAUAUAGUGUGGCAGAAUUGAGAACCUUCCACUGUGAUAGGGUUCGAAAGAUGCCGCUGAGCGGGCUAGACCCAAGCAUGCUCAUAGGGUUCCUAUGUAAAACUGAGGUUGAAUGGGUGGAUUUCAGAAGGAGGGUUGGAGAGCUUCCGCGGACUAUUUUCUCAAUACAAGAUGAACCGCCCACAUGGCCCAAUGAUUCAGAUGAUAACAUGGGAUUGGAAUCUAUAUCAGAUCCAGAGGAUGUUGCGGACUUGGAUGUGGACGAUGAUGCGGAUACUUCAGCCGAGGUACCCGAUGACGACCAAGACGAAGAUGAAGAGGAGAAGUUUUACGAUACGCGAUCGACAUCUGCCUCUGUUACUAGUCGGAAUGAACGUGAAGAGAGGGGUAGAAGUGAAGAGGUGGACACCGAAGAAGACCCCGUAGAUCCUAUCACGCCGGGCCCGAGUUCCACCAAGUUUACUGUUACUACUGCGGAGGGGACACAGGAUUCUCCGUCAGGAAGCGACGAUCUUGAAGAUGAUUGGGUGGAUCCUUCAGUACCGACUUCACCGAUGCUUACGCCUCAGCCAACACACCAGCCUGAAAUAGCGGAUACCGACGCAAUACCAGUUGUCGUUCCUCGGCUAUCCAAGAGCAAAUCAAACGGUUCAUCGGCCUCUGGAAAGAAAAAGAAAGGGAAGAAGAAUCAACAACCUGUGCCUGUGCCACGGAUCAAGGUACCUUUACCUCCCUCGAAGGAGUCGUUCCCAUUUCCGGUAGCUGCUACCUCCGAUGACGGGACGGAAUGGUCGGCGUCUUCCUCUUCAUCCGGUGGAGUUGAAGCCCUUGCUCAGGAGAAGAGAAUGCACACUGCGAGAGCGAGAGACGGUGGAAGAACACAAAGCGGAGGUGUUAAAGGGAUUUUGACUGACGAAUGGACAGAUACACAACAAUGA